UCUCAUCUGCAAUCCAAUUCCCCACCUUCCAGCGAAACCCCACCACCGCCGCUCCACUCACACUCCGACGACAUGGCCCCCAAGGCGGAGAAGAAGCCGGCGGCCAAGAAGCCCGUGGAGGAGGAGCCCGCGGCGGAGAAGACCCCCGCCGGGAAGAAGCCCAAGGCCGAGAAGCGCCUGCCGGCGGCCAAGACCGCCGCCAAGGAGGGCGGCGAGGGGAAGAAGGGCAAGAAGAAGGCCAAGAAGAGCGUCGAGACCUACAAGAUCUACAUCUUCAAGGUGCUCAAGCAGGUGCACCCCGACAUCGGCAUCUCCUCCAAGGCCAUGUCCAUCAUGAACUCCUUCAUCAACGACAUCUUCGAAAAGCUCGCCGGCGAGUCGGCGAAGCUGGCGCGGUACAACAAGAAGCCCACCAUCACCUCCCGGGAGAUCCAGACCUCCGUCCGCCUCGUCCUCCCCGGCGAGCUCGCCAAGCACGCCGUCUCCGAGGGCACCAAGGCCGUCACCAAGUUCACUUCCUCGUAACUGCAUCUGCUAGUUUAGCUCGUGCCUUUUCUGUCUGUCUCUUGGGAUGUUGUACGAUGCUACUAUCUUGAAUAGAAUGAUGUUGCACUUCCA